AUGAAUAAGUUCAUUCAGAGUUUCAAUCGCGCCAAUCUCAAGUUCGAAGUACGCCAGAAGAGGCUGAAGAACUGUACCAAGGAGAUUAUCGAUUUGAUUAAGUCGCAGUUCCGUAAUCUCUCAGGUAUUGUCUAUUGCCUCUCGCGCAAUGAAUGCGACACAUUGGCCGAUGAGCUCACUGCAGCCGGUCUUCCUGCUCGAGCUUAUCACGCCGGUAUGACUGAUGUUACCCGUAAAAAGGUCCAAGAGUCUUGGAUCCAGGAGGAUAAUUUCAAGAUCGUCUGUGCAACCAUCGCCUUUGGCAUGGGAAUUGAUAAGCCAGAUGUCCGUUACGUCAUUCACUACUCCAUUCCAAAGUCUAUUGAGGGGUACUAUCAAGAGGCUGGUCGUGCAGGUCGUGAUGGUCUUCCAGCGACUUGUAUUCUCUACUACAACUGGAGAGACGUUAUUAGGUUGAGGAAGCUCAUCCAAUGUAAGUUUUGA